AUGAAGGCAGACAUCGUGGACAAGAUCAAAGAGGAAGUUCAGAAACAGCUCGACACGGGAUUCCUUGAAGUGGUAGAUUACCUAGAGUGGAUCGCCAAUGUAGACCCAAUCGCAAAGAAAAAUGGAAAGAUCCGAGUAGAUGUAGACUAUCGUGAUCUCAACAAAGCAAGCCCUAAAAAUAGCUUCACACUACCACACAUCGACGUGCUAGUAGAUCAUGCAGCAGGCCAUCAACUCCUACCAUUCAUGGACGGAUUCUCAGAACGCAGGAGCAACAUAUCAACGAGCUGCCACAAUGAUUCUUCACGAUAUGAUACACAAGGAAGUAGAAGUCUAUGUCGACGAUAUGAUUGUAAAACAAAAGAUCGAGAAGGGCACAUCCAAAAUCUUAACAAAUUCUUACAAUGCAUUAGGAAGUUCCAACUUUGGCUCAACCCAAAGAAGUGCACAUUUGGUGUGACAGCAGGAAAGAUGUUAGGCUUCUUAAUCACACAAAGAGGAAUUGAGGUUGAUCCGAGCAAGAUAGAAGAGAUCACGGCAAUGCCACCUCCACAAAGCGAGAAAGAAGUGAAAAAUGAAAGAUUCGUCUGGGAUGACGCUUGUCAAAACGCAUUCGAGAAGAUAAAGGGAUAUCUCAAGGAUCCUCCUAUUCUGAUGCCGCCAAGACCAGGAGUACCGCUAAUCCUAUACUUAACAGUCACGGAAAACGCAAUGAGUAGUCUACUGGCCCAAGAAAAUGAGGAGAAGAUGGAAGUCGCAGUCUACUACAUAAGCAAGCGCAUGACAGGCUACAAACUUAAUUACUCGCCAGUAGAAAAGAACAUGUUAUGCAUCGACCAGCCUCAAGCAUCACAGAUUAUGGAGGAAGUACACGCAGGAACAUGUGGCCCACACAUGAACGGAUCAGCACUCGCUAAAAGGAUCCUUCGCUUUGGCUAUUACUGGCAGGACAUGGAAUAA